UGUUUCCACUGUAAGGUCAAAUGAUUUCCACUCUCAUAUUGCAAAGUUUGAAGGCCAUCACUCAAACGGCUGAUAUCGCGCACCAUGUCUCUUCGACGUGUCUCGGUGAUCGGGUCAGGUAAUUGGGGAUCAACAAUUGCAAAAAUAGUCGGUAACAACAUAAAAAAUUUCCCCGAAUAUGUGUCAGAGGUUCGCAUGUGGGUUUUUGAGGAAUUAAUCAAUGGCCGCAAACUCACCGAAAUAAUCAAUACGACUCAUGAAAAUGUAAAGUAUCUGCCCAAGGUUAAGCUGCCGGAAAAUGUUAUCGCUGAUCCAGAUGUAAAAUCAGUGGCUAAAGAUGCUGAUGUUCUUGUUAUUGUCAUGCCCCAUCAAUUCCUUAAUAGAACGUUGGCCGAUAUGAAAGGUGUUGUUAAGCCAACAUCUUUCGCUAUUUCGUUAAUGAAGGGAUUGGCACUUAGUGAUGACCAUGGUAUCAGACUGCUCACAGAUUGUAUCAGAGAUACAUUAAAUAUACCUUGUGCAGCUCUUAUGGGUGCUAACCUGGCAACUGAAGUUUCUCAAGAAAACUACUGUGAAGCAACUAUUGGUAGCGAUAAUCCAAAAAUGGGAUCUGAAUUAAAGAAGCUUUUCCAGACAGACUACUUCCGGAUUGUGGUCAUUAAGGAUGAAGUUGGUACGGAGUUAUGCGGAGCCUUAAAAAAUAUUGUAGCAGUGGCUGCAGGUGUGAUUGAAGGCUUAGGCUAUGGAGAUAACACUAAAGCUGCAGUUAUACGUCUUGGGUUCAUGGAAAUGAAAAACUUCAUUUAUCAAUUUUUUGCGGACCGCCAUCCCCAAGAAGGAACAUUUUUGGAAAGCUGUGGCGUCGCUGACCUCAUUACAACCUGCUACGGUGGUAGAAAUAAACAAAUGGGGAUAGCAUUAGCUACUACAAAUGAACCUUUAGCUAAAUUAGAAAAAGAACGUUUAAAUGGUCAGAGUGCUCAAGGCCCCCUUACUGCUGCAGAAGUUUAUGCAAUGCUAGAACCCAAGGGCCUUCUUGAGAAAUAUCCUAUUUUUGCAGCUGUACAUAAAGUGUGUACACGUCAACUCGAUCCAAAGAACUUUAUUUGCUGCUUAGCCAAUCAUCCAGAGCAUCGUUAAAUAUGUUUGUAUGGAGUGAGGAAUGUUGACCUAGUCUUCCAACUCUUCAUCUAUUUAUGUACUAGCUGAAACACGAUUAGUAGGCUGUUUCAGCAACCAUAUUGAUUGAUGACACUCUAGCGAACUUAUUGUUUCUCCUUAGAUUUGUUAUAUCUCUUUUGUUUUGCUAACUGUAGAAAUUAAAACCAAGAUCCACUUGAAGUGUUGAUUAUACCAUCUAUUUGUUUUAUCAUCAUUUUUUCAUAAUUUUUUGUCUGUAUAUUAUUGGCUAUAAUGACAAGUAAUAAAAAAUGUAGAACAUA